GAGUUCUCCUUAGAGACAGCAUAGCUACCGGAGAGCGUCAAGAUGGCGGCACUGAGCAUGGGGGCGUUUGGUCUAUCUUAUCAAAAGUAUCUGCAAGAACAAGGAGAUCGCGAAAGAGAGCUGAAUCGAGGACCUGGUGCGGUGUGGGUAACUAAACGAUAUAUACCAACGGAUCUCCGUGUCACUGCACCUGUGCCAAGACACAAAUUUCUGGCCCCUGCGGAUCUUCCCACGGUGGAAGAACACUGGCUCCCCGUGGGAGAACCCCCUCUCAGAAGUUUUGACAGGAGGGAGGAAAAGAUGAUCUACGCGUCCCACCCGUCUUCCAGAAGCGAGGAGUGGUCCACCCUGAGACAAACUCUACCAUCUAGGGGGGGUCACAAGAAACCCUGUCCCCCAAAUUGGGGGACCGGCACGAGCCUCCCACCCAUUGUCACCGAGAGGACGGUCAGUCGAUUCCCAAUCGUCAACAGUCCGAUGACAAGAUAUGUUGAUGACAUGCACCUUACCAACAGACUAUUCAAGCUUCAUUGAACACAGCUGAAGCCCCAAGUCUUCCAUACCACUCCACGCGGAACUGUAAACACCGACAUCUUGUGUAGAAAAUGAUAUUCUACCAAGCUCUAUCAAACUUUCGUUUAUCCGAACCUUGUUGCCCCAUGGUCGUCGGUUAUGGGUCGAGUAUUCAUGUGUUGUGAACGGUUAUAUGUGGGUAUUAAUGCUGGUGAAUGAUGUUUUGUUGUUAAUAUGUUUAUUCAUGGCUCUACUUGCUGUGACAUUAUUGCUUUUACAUACGAUACAGUAUUAUUAAACUAUACCUGCCAGUAUUAUAAGUCACUCUGCAAAUUAACCGUAGGGAAUUUGUUUCAAUUGGUUUUGGAUGUGUUUGGUUGUUGAUUAUUAUGUUUAGAUUUAAUCGAUAAUAUUGUUCUUGCCAUGGUGAUUUGACGUUAUUAAUAAUGUAUUUUUAAGGUUUAAUAGUCUGGAUCUAAGCCUCAUCAGUAUUAUUGCAGCCACCAUAACGGUAACAACCACAGUGUUCAUGCAGUGUUUAGUUGGUGUGUGACAUUCUGUGCUGAAAAUUCACACGUUUUGUUCUUGUGGGAUUAGGUGGUCAGUGAUUAAUAGUUUAUGCUAAUACUAAAUAUUUAACAGUCAUUGUAUUGUCGUACUAUAUUGCACAUGGGAUCACUGCUCUUUCACAUAAUCAUAUAUUAUGAAGUAGCGUAUCAUCCUCCUUUUUAAAUAGAAAUACAUAACUUGAGAUAUAUGCUUAGAGUUGCGUGACUAUAUAUCAAGUACAGUAAACUACGGUUAUAACGAACACGCUUAUAACCAACUAACGGAUAUAACGAACUAACGUUUUAGUCCCGACUAUAUGCUGUAGUUAUGCUGUAUAUAUAUGCUUAUAACGAACUACGGUUAUAACGAACUAAAAUUAGUAGUCCCUUUGAGUUCGUUAUAACCGUAGUUUACUGUAUUUAAAUUAAACCAAGAUUGGUUAUACCAAUUGAUGUUUUCGCCUUGUUUGGAAUCUAUUUGGUCUCUUACAAAAUCAAUCGAUGUUGCAACAUUAUAUAACCAAGUAUACGCAACCGUUAUUCAAAAUGUGCCUUAAAUUAUAUAUUACGUAUAAUACUGCAUAUCAACGAGCUCUUCAACAUCCUACUUAUGAAACGCUUAUGCUUAUCCUCUUUUAUGUAUAAUUAUUGAGUUAUUGAAAAGUAAUACAACUGUCAGUAUAAUGGUCAUUGAUUGUCCCGUCUACUGAUAAUAUCGGCUUCUCAUCGUGUUCCUUUGAUCUCAGCCAUCUAGUCAUUAUUCUUGCAACUGCUUUCUAUCAACCGCUGAUCUGUCUAUCGUGUUUGAUGUUACGUAGCUAUGACAACUGUCUGUUGCUUGUGUUGCUUGUGUUACUUGCAACGUAUAUGUGCAAGUUUCGGCAUUUUGGAAUUUAACUUUAAAAACCUUUUUAUAUUUUGAUUCUUUUCAUUUCAUUUGUAUUUUAUAUGUGUCUAUGUUGGUGAAUAAAAAAUACAUUUUCA